UGGCAACACAUCACAAAACGUCAUAAAACGUCUGCUUGAAGUUUGAACUUGUUAUUAGAAUUCUGAUCAGUUUUGAAUUAAAAGUUGAAAAUAAAACGAUGGCUACUCCAAAAGGCGAAAAAGAUUUGCAUUUACCUUUAUCUAGAGUGAAAACAAUAAUGAAAAGUUCGCCCGACGUCGAAGCAGUAGGGGCUGAACCUCUGUAUUUAGUAACGAAAGUGACCGAAAUGUUUGUCACAGAUUUGGCUAAAAGAGCAUUCAAAAACAGUAAGAACUCGUUACUAGAGUAUAAACACAUUGCGGAGGUCGUUCAGGAAGAUGAUACGCUAGACUUUCUGAGGGAGAUUAUGCCUAGGAAGAUUACUGUUAGACAGUUCAAAGAACUUAUGGCUAAAAAGGCAGCGAAAGGCGGUGGAUCUGAUGAAUCAAGCGAGGAAUCCAGUGAAGAGGAAUCUAGUGGAGAGAGCUCCAGUAAUAAUGAACAAGACUGACAAAAACUGUAGUUAUUAGGAUAUUUUAGAUUUAAUUUUGUGGUUUGUUUCAUUAUAUUUAAUGGGCUCUCCGUCGGGUGCACAAAGAUCCAUUAAAUUGAAGCUUCUUUAAAUCUAUUUCUGACUCUUUCUUUGUCAACGACAUAGCAGUAGAUUUGAUGAAGUUUUAAUUUUAAGGGAUUUUUGUGCAACUGAUGGUAUGUUGAUAGUCCUAAGUUAGUGAUAUGGUAUACUGUGUUACAGGCUGCAACCUUCAUUCAUCAGUUUUAGCAUGCAGCGAUGGCAAAUGCUCAUGUCUAUAACUUAUUGCGGAUUAUGAUGAUUCAAGUACAAGAAACAUUAAAUAAUGUACAUUAAAUGUUGACAAAUGGAAGAGACUAUUUGUUAUGAUAUUAAAGAAUAGUUAAUAAAUUCUCUUUAAUAAAGUAUCUAAUAUUAUGUGAAUGAAUGAAUGGCUCUGACAAUCAAGAUAAUGAAUUCUGGUGCCUUGGAACAUUUAAUUGUAAACCAAUAUUUUACAGCUUGUGAUAUCUGUUCGCAACUUAAAUGAAAUAAUUCUGUGAUUGUCACAUUUUUGCAACAAUUCAAAAUAAAGUUGGUCAGUUUUAUUAUUCAGUUUGACCAAACAAAAA